AUGGGCAGCCCCCGCUCCGCGCUGAGCUGCCUGCUGUUGCACUUGCUGGUUCUCUGCCUCCAAGCCCAGGUAAGGAGCGCUGCGCAGAGGCGGGGGCCGGGCGCGGGGGACCCAGCUGACACUGUCGGGCAGGGACACGAGGACCGACCCUUCGGCCAGCGCAGCAGGGCUGGAAAGAACCUUACAAAUCCAGCCCCAAACUACCCCGAGGAGGGAUCUAAGGAACAGAGAGACAGUGUCCUGCCUAAAGUCACACAGCGAGAAGGCCCGGGCGGGGGGCCUGCGCUGGGCAGGGAGCCCGCUUCCCUGCUCCGAGCUGGCCGGGAGCCCCAGGGUGUUUCCCAACAGCAUGUGAGGGAGCAGAGCCUGGUGACCGAUCAGCUCAGCCGCCGCCUCAUCCGGACCUACCAGCUCUACAGCCGCACCAGCGGGAAGCACGUGCAGGUCCUGGCCAACAAGCGCAUCAACGCCAUGGCAGAAGACGGAGACCCCUUCGCAAAGCUCAUUGUGGAGACGGACACUUUCGGAAGCAGAGUUCGAGUCCGUGGAGCAGAGACAGGGCUCUACAUCUGCAUGAACAAGAAGGGGAAGCUAAUUGCCAAGAGCAACGGCAAAGGCAAGGACUGCGUGUUCACCGAGAUCGUGCUGGAGAACAACUACACGGCCCUGCAGAACGCCAAGUACGAGGGCUGGUACAUGGCCUUUACCCGCAAGGGCCGGCCCCGCAAGGGCUCCAAGACGCGCCAGCACCAGCGCGAGGUGCACUUCAUGAAGCGGCUUCCCCGGGGCCACCACACCACCGAGCAGAGUCUGCGCUUCGAGUUCCUCAACUACCCGCCCUUCACGCGCAGCCUGCGGGGCAGCCAGAGGACUUGGGCCCCGGAGCCCCGAUAGGCGCCCUCCCGGCCCCUCCCUGCACCGCCGGCUGCGGACUCCAGAGAGAGAUCAAUGGGCCAAUGGGCUCUGCGAAGGGGAGGAGCUGGGGAGCUGUCUUCUAGUUGUGGAUAUUGUUUGCUGUUGGGUUUUGUUUUUUGUUUUUGUUUUUUAACA